UACAGCUAGCUAGAGAUCAUUUCCUAAAGCGUUUGUGACAUCUAUUUUUGGUAACAACGCGCAUGCCUCUAGCAUAUCAGCUAGCAAAUCAAACGAACAUUGAGAAAGAUUCUUGUUCUACCUUUUAUCUUGCCUAGCUACUACACAUACAAGCCGUGAGAGCCGCCCCUGCCCUCACCCUUAAGUUCUCAACCUCACCACACACACAUACACAAAGAUGCCUAUGGCCGUAACAGCAGAGAUGAAGGCCAAAGCAGAGGUAUAUUACGGGGAUGAAAUUUGUAGAGAGAAGUUCAUGUUGUUGCUGUCAGAAAUGGGGUUGCCGGAUGGUCUGCUAAUCUUAAAAGACAUAGAGGAAUGCGGGUACGUGAAAGAAAUCGGAUUUGUGUGGCUUAAACAUAAGCAGAAGAGGGAGUACAGGUUUGACAACGUUGUUGUCUGCUAUGACACAGAAGUCACCGCCUACUUCGAGCCCAAGAAGAUCAAGAACCUGACAGGUGUCAAAGCCAAGGAGUUCUUGAUUUGGAUUACCUUGAGCGAGAUUUAUGUCAAGGAUCCUCCGGCAAGGUGGAUUACCUUUAAGACUCCGGCAGGUUUGUCCAAGUCUUUUCCAAUAUCGGUGUUCGUUGGAGGAGAAGGACAUUGAAGAAGCAGAGGAGGGAAAGUAAUGGAGGACAUGGACAUGCAAGUGUAAUUAAAAAUAUAAUAUUAUAUAUAUGUAUGUAUUAAUGAUUUAUUGAUCGAUCCUUUGUUUUGAUUAAUUGUGUAUAAAUAAUGAUUUUCUUCUUGAUUAUUAUUA